AUGUGCCUCCACGCUAUCGUACGCCUCAACGUCCCUGAUGCCAUCUGGCAAGGUGGCUCCAACGCUCCCCUCUCCGCCUCCCAGAUCCUAACACGUGUCCUCCCCUCCGGUGAUCCCCACAAUCUCCAACGCAUCCUCCGCCUUCUCACCACUUACGGCGUUUUCGCCGAGCACCUCCUAACCGACCCCUCCUCCGAGCAAGUCCUUCGGAAAUACUCCCUCACCGACAUCGGAAAAACGCUGGUCACCGAUGCGGACGGCCUCUCCUACGGAGCGUAUGUGCUGCAGCACUACCAGAAGGAGUUGAUGACAGCGUGGCCAUUGGUUCACGAGGCCGUUGUGGACUCCACCACCGAGCCCUUCGUCAAAGCCAACGGCGAGCCGGCCUAUUCUUACUAUGGUAAGAAACCAGAGAUGAACGAUCUGAUGCAGAGGGCAAUGUCGGGGGUAUCCGUGCCCUUCAUGAAGGCUAUUUUGAACGGGUACAAUGGGUUUGAUGGAGUGCAACGAUUGGUGGACGUUGGUGGGAGUGCAGGGGAUUGUCUGAGGAUGAUCUUACAGAAACACACAAAUAUUAAGGAGGGGAUAAACUUUGACUUGCCGGAGGUCGUAGCCAAGGCCCCAGACAUUCCCGGUGUGACCCACGUUGGAGGUGACAUGUUCAAAUCUGUUCCUGAUGGCGAUGCUAUCUUUAUGAAGUGGGUGUUGACAACUUGGACUGAUGAAGAAUGCAAGCUGAUCAUGAAGAACUGCUACAAUGCACUACCGGUGGGUGGAAAGAUGAUAGCCUGCGAGCCAGUGCUGCCAAAGGAGUCAGACAAUAGUCUUAGAACACGAGCCCUCUUGGAAGGAGACAUCUUUGUCAUGACAAUCUACAGAGCCCAGGGUAAGCAUAGGACUGAAGAAGAAUUUAGGCAACUGGGUCUCUCUGCAGGUUUCCCCCAUUUACAAGCAUUCUAUAUCGACUAUUUCUAUACUGUCCUAGAGUUCCAAAAGUGA